AUGAGCGCUGAAGAGUUUCUGGCCAAUGUUGAAGGCGGCAUCGUGCCAGUGACCUGUCAUGAGGAUGUCUUGCGGAUCGCAUUCAUCUAUCUGCACGAGGGACUGUGGACCGGGAAUGGGGUGUUCGAUGUUGUGGAGAAGCUACACUCGCAUGGCUUGUCCUUUGGUGAGGGUGAUUUACGCUACAAUCGUUCCCUGGAUAUAUUCUACCUCGCACAGCUAGCAGCAGCGAUCUACCGCUAUUCCUCCCAACUGGAAGAAGGCUUCCCCUCCUUCUCUAAUUUCUCUGCUUUCUACACAGCCCACCAUGCCCUCCUGCACUCCUCUGCAUGGCGCUCCUACUACUCUACCCCAUUCAUCACCCAGCGCACCACAGCGCGCUUCUACCGCCUGCCCGACCUCCAGGACCUUCCCGACUCUUCCUCCCCACUAUGUCAGCCGCGUCAAAGUCCGGCAUCAUCUAUACCCAUUUUGCAACUCCCUCGCUGGGCCUACACUGUCGCGUGCACACACCGUAGGCAGCCCUUUCUACCGUUUGCCACUCUUACUUCAUUGGCCCUCAGCACGCUGGAGGCAACUAUGACACGCCGGCACACGGCCUACCCCAGCGCACCAUCCUAUUCGGAAUCACAUGCGCGCUUCUGGCUUGACUAUUUUACUCCUGAUACUUCACCACCAUCUCGCGUGGCUGAGAUAACCCCCCGGCAAAUGGAGGGACCCGACAGGUUUGGGAUAUUGGUCGCGCAGGGAAUGUAUGAUAUACAUGGGCUGGAGAAAGAGUAUCUUGCACAAAUAUCGGGGGGAGGGGGUCCCGAUGGAAAUAGCCAGUCGGAGCAGGUGAUAUGGUGUGGGUGGCCGGAUGGAGGAAUUGGAGUGCAGGCGUGGUGGAGGGGGUGGGAGGGUGAGGUUGGGAGUGAGGAGGAGGUAGAGUUUCUAGCCGCUGUUGCAGUGGAGGAAACACUUGGAUUAGGGCUCCAAGGAAUUGAUAUCGAUGAGUUGGACUUGUCAAUCCGGUCGCAUAUACUACUAGCGGUCAUGCAUGCUACGGAGAGGGCAGGGGGGUGGGUCAGAGAAGCCUCGGAGAUCAUGGAACCGUAUGUACGCGAAUGGCGGGGCGUUUGGCCUGGUGUAGAAGAGAGGAGAAAGAUGCUGCGGCGCAUUCUGGUGGAGAAUGCGCAGCUCUUUGCACGCUGGAGGGUAUCACCUGCGUCGAAGCAGUUUACUUUUGAACUGGGGUCGAGGGAGUGAGGGAUUCAGACUGCUUGCUUAUUGAGAAAAUGAGGUUAUACGGGG